AUGUCUAAACUUUUUAUUUCCACUACUAAUUGUGGGAAAGCGCAUGAAGCAGACAUAUUUGGUGUUUGCGUUACCAACCCAUAUACUAUAACUUGCUCCGGUGAUGGCUUCGUUAAAUUAUGGAAAAACAAACUUCUUGAAGGAGAGCUUCCAAAAAAUAAUGUUUUAGGGAAGUUUGUACACAAGUCUGGUGUGCAUCAUGUUGAUGCUUUUCAUUCAGUGGAAAGAGGUGGUAUAGAAGUAUUGAUCGUCGCUUGCGUUUCUUUCUCAGGCGAGAUAUUCUUCUAUAGAGUUGAUCCUACAAAUGGCAAGAUACAAGACUUAGAGUUGAUGUCGAAUCUUGACAAAAAGAAGUCCUUUUGGUGUGUGAAGUGGUUCAAGAGUGAAGAUUUCACAGUCCCGCAUAAAUUAGUCGCAACGGAUGUUAAGGGAACCACGACCAUAUGGAACUUUCAUCCUUUCAAGGAAACAGAUGAGGAUGGGGAAAGUGAGCCAGAGAACACGACUGCGGUUUCAAGUACUGAUUUGAUUGAAGACUUACACCUGGAACGUCUAGGCGACAUUUCUGCGACAGAGUCUAGCUUCGCAACAUGUGUUGAUAUAUCCGCCAAAGGGUUAAUCGCGACAGGUUUCUCCAAUGGUAGUGUAGUCGUUUCACAGUUGAGUACUCUCAGACCCAUCUAUAUCUUUGAAGGAUUUGGUAUCCGUGGAACGGAAGAAAACAGUUCUACGGUACGUGAUGUCAAGUUUUCUCCGCUAGGUGAAUUGCUAGCAGUUGCUAAUGAUUCCGGAUCAUAUGGUUGUGUUACUCUGUAUGAAACUGAGUUCGGUGAGCGUAUUGGUAACUUAACAGUGCCAACACAUAGCUCUCAGUCUAGCAUUGGAAGUUUCGCACAUAACGGAUGGGUGUUCAACGUGAGUUUCAACUCAACCGGGGAGUUCUUAGCAACCUGCGGAUACGAUAGUAAAAUUCGUGUAUGGGAUGUUAAGAUGAAGGAGAGGGUAUCAACUUUGAACAUGAGUGCAGGUGAUAUCGAAAUUGAAGAAGAUAUUCUAGCGCAAGAUGAGUAUGGCGAUUCUUUAAUUAAUCCGCCUGUAAUGGGAGUAACGUUUAUAAAUAAGGGUGUUCGUGGAGGAAUUGGCAAUGAUACUAACGAAGGCUUAUGCUGUGUGUGUCUAGAUCGCAGUGUUCGUUGGUUUAGAGAAGCUGGUGGAGUUUGA